CACAAACAAACCAGCAAAACGACUUUGCUUGCUUGAUUGAAACGGCGACCACCAUGGUGGACCAACCGCGUUAUGUGAUGCGCAAAGUCAACACGAUUGGCUUGGACGUGCAUCCCACUGACAGUGCCAUCGUCGUGUACUACGAGAUUGAUGCCAGCAUCAUUGGCGAGGACCAGCGGGAGAUUGUUGGCGAUGUCAACACAUGCCAGAAGAUCAUCCGCAUUCCAGCCCUGUCCAACUCCUCGAAGAUUCCGGCGCUGGCAGAGCAGAUUAUGCACAAAUGCUCUUACAUUCGACCGGACCAGAGGCUGCAGCUGGAACAGCUGCUGUUGUAUUUGCAGCAGCGCAACGAAGGGAAGAGCAAAGAUGAACUCGACAGGGAGGCAACAAUGGCGCGCGCACAGCGACACAUGCUUGAAGACGGCAGUGCCGACAUCAAGGCAUCCUUGCGAGAUGUGGACGACUACCUCGAACGGCUCUACGAUGACGGGCAGCAGAAGCUCAUGGGCUCAAAGUACAUCUUGCAGCUUGCGCGCAACCCAGACAACCUGGAAGAACUUGUGCAGAAUGAGGCGUUUAUGCAGGCGCUCUCACGCAUCAUCCGCGAAGAGGGUAUGCGCAACCCAGAGCUGCAGACAAACUUGCUCACCGUCUUCUACUUCUUCAGCAGCUUUUCGCAGUUUCAUGAGAUUAUUUCAAGCUACAAGAUUGGUGCGACGUGCCUGCGCGUUGUUGAACACGAGAUAAAGCGGGAAGCGCUGUGGAGGAGCGAUCUCGCAAAGCGGAUGAAGAGAGUCAAGGCAGAAAAGAUGACACAGGAGGACUAUGACAAGUAUGCGGACAAGAUAGCAGAGAAUAAGUUCAAACAGGAACAACUGUUGUACGUUGCCUUCCAUCUCCUCCUCAACCUGGCUGAGAAUCAGGACACCGAACAAAAGAUGGUGAAGAAGGGCAUUGUUGAGCGGCUGGUGCACAUGCUCGAUCGCCACAACCACGAAUUUCUCGUGCUCAUGGUCACGUUUCUGAAGCGCCUCAGCAUUCACAAGGAAAACAAGGACAAGAUGGCUGAGCUUGAAGUUGUGCCAAAACUCGUGCGACUGAUUCCCCAUGAGAACGCGACGCUGGAGACGGUGACGCUGCGACUGCUUGUGAACCUCAGCUUCGACAUGCGUCUCCGGGCACGCAUGGUGGAGGUGGGCCUGCUGCCCAAGCUGUCAGGCCUGCUGCAACAAGAAGACCAACCCAACCUCGCCUCCAUCAUCAUUGUCCUCUACCACAUCUCCAUGGACGACAAACACAAGCCGCUCUUCGCCGGCACAGAAGUCAUCCCCGUGGUGAUGCGGCUGAUGCUGACGUGUCCUGAGGACAAUGUUGAACUGGAGCCUGUGAGUCUGGCCAUCAACCUCGCCAAGGACCAGAAGUGCGCGGCGCUCAUGUCCGAUGGAAAGGGGCUCGCCCUCCUCUUGAAACGAGCGCUGAAGACAAAGGACCCGCUCCUGCUGAAGCUCGUGCGAAACCUCUGCUCGCACCCACACUCCAAGGAUCGGCUGCUGGACUUUAUCGACCCGCUGGCGCAGCACGUGCACGAGAGCGCAGACGACCCGGACAUGCUUGUUGAGCUGCUGGGUAUCCUCAACUCCCUCGACAUCCCAGACUUUGACUACCUGCAGCUGGUUGAGGAGUACACGCUGUUGCCGCUGCUGCAGCGGCUGCUUACGCCCGGAGCAGCAGAGGACGACCUGUUUCUCGAAGCCGUCAUCAUGGUUGGCACCAUCCUGACGGAUCCAGCGUGUGCGCCACAGGUUGCCGAGUGCGGCAUUGCAUCACAACUCGUGGGCAUGCUCAAGGACAAGCAGGAGGAUGAUGAGAUUGUGCUGCAGAUUGUAUAUGUGUGGAACAAAUUGCUGUACUAUUCCAGCACGCGCGCUGUUGUGCUCUCGGAACCGCAGGCUGUCCUCUACCUUCUCGAUCUCAUGCAUGACCAGAAUGACAUCAUCCGCAAAGUCUGCAAUAGUGCACUUGACAUUGUUGCGGAGUGCGAUGAGUCGUGGGCAUCGGAGAUCCGCAUGCGGCAGUUCCAGGUCCACAAUGCAGGCUGGAUUGAGGCCGUGUUCGGCACUGGUGAUGAGCCGCUUCCGGAGGGUGAGCUGUACUACGACGAGGAGAUGCACGAUGAUGACUUCCUGCGAUACCAGAACGUGCAAGACAUUGACGAUGUCAACUACGAUGAGAACGAUGAAGGCGAUUUGUUCAUUGACGAGGAGGAUGAGGAUCGAUACAACGGCGGACGCUCUGUGCCGCUGCCGUUUGAUGAGGACCUACCGGAUGACCAUCCACGCGGUAGCGAUGACCAUUACGAUGAUGGUGGUUUGUGGGAUUGACAAGGCCCUUGUGGCAGCACCGUUGUUGCCUUGUGGGAAACAAGGCUUGCGCGUCUAUGCCAUCCUGUCAGACCAGAUCUUCGACUGUACAAACAUGUCCGUGGUCCACCUUCUUUUCAUAACUGACGUGAACGCGCGCGCCACUGUGUGUGUGUAUGUGUAUGUGUCUGUGCGUGUAAGUCUGUGUGUGUGUGUGUGUGUGUGUG